AAGCGUGUCUUACUUUAAAUAGCUGUAGAGUCUAUGUUAUCUGUAUCUGCAUUACACAGUCUUACACCUGAGCGUGCCCCAUUACCUAACGAAAAGUUUGGACACGCAACACAGCGAUUGGCUACAGCUGUAUAUGAAGCCUGCCAAAAAGUAUUGCCAGCGUUGGCUUUUACACCAAUCAGAGGAGGCGCGUGGACGAUCAGUACUGAAUACAGCUCCCAGCCCCUCCUCCAGCUCCGUCUGGGUAACUCAUUCAUGGUAUAGGAUCUUGAAAGCAUCAUUUGGAGCACUUGGUCCAUGCAUUCGGUUAACUGUUUUUCGUCUAUCAGUCCGUUCGAUCCUGGACCAGAAGGCACGACGAACCUUCGUUCAUUGCAGGAUAAGCUGAAAGGGUGUGCAUGUAUGUGUAUAAGAACUAUAAUUUGUACGAGUGAUUCUUUCCCGGACAGUUUACGUGUGCGUGUGUGCUGUCUUCAUACGUGUACACGUAUGUAUGCAUGAAUGUAUGCAUGCAUGUAUGUCUUCAACAAAACAGGUGAUCCUUGUUAGCAGUCGAACCGACAUUUGGACGCAUUCCUACUUUUUGGUUGAACAAUGACUACACCUCAAAGGAAGAUAAAUCAGUUGCAUAUAUUUUUACUUCAGGAGAACUUUUAAAGGCGAACAGGAGAAAAUUACUGAUUCUGGACAGAUCUGAUAUUUCAGAAAUUCAACAGCCUUUUCUUCGCGCUCGUAUAAAACAGAAAUCAACAGCACUGAACUUUUUGGGAUCCACAGUUCUGCCAACAUUUUUAUUUAGAUUGCAUUUAAUUAACAAUUUGCUUUUGUUUAUUCACACUCUUUUUGAACCAAAGUAGCAAAAUCGGCAUUGUUGUGUUGGUAAGUUAAAUGUUCGGGAUUCAAGAACAACUGAUCAGAGAAGUGAACGGAAUAAAAGAAAAUCAUCUUGGCUUGGAGAUGGAGUCUGUCCGGUCCUGGGUACGGAAUGUCGGAGUUGUGGAUGCGAACGUCGCGGCGCAAAGUGGAGUGGCCCUGUCCCGGGCCCAUUUUGAGAAGCAGCCCCCGUCCAACCUGCGGAAGUCCAACUUCUUCCACUUUGUCCUGGCUCUGUAUGACAGACACGGGCAGCCAGUGGAGGUGGAGAGGACGGCCUUCGUGGACUUUGUGGAGCAUGAGAAGGAACAGACAGGAGAGAAGACAAACAACGGGACUCAUUACAAACUUCAGCUCCUGUACAGCAACGGAGUGCGGACAGAGCAGGACCUGUACGCACGACUCAUUGACUCAGUCACAAAACAGCCCAUCGCUUAUGAAGGUCAGAAUAAAAACCCAGAGAUGUGCAGGGUCCUGCUCACCCAUGAAGUUAUGUGCAGCCGCUGUUGUGAGAAGAAGAGCUGUGGCAACCGUAACGAGACCCCCUCGGACCCGGUCAUCAUCGACAGGUAA